AUGGUAUGGUGUUUAUUGAUGGAUGAAAAAAGUUCACUGGAAAAUCUGCAGUUGCUGCUAAACUAUGCGUGGGCGUUGUGGGGAAACCGGAAUGAAGUUCAAUGUGGCGGAAAGCGAAAAGAUGGUAGGAUGCUUCUUCAUUGGGUGACUCAAUAUCUGGAGGAAUACCGAUCUAUCAUUGUUUUGACACUAGUUACAAACAUUUCUGUUCAACAUGUUCAAAGGUGGAACCCGCCACCCACUUCGUGUUUUAAGUGUAACGUUGAUGCUGUUGUGUUUGCUGAGUUGAAGUCAGUGGGAAUUGGUGUGAUUGUAUGGGACUGGCAUGGGCACUUUGUAGUAGCAAUGUGCAAGCAUUUACACACACCACUGGGACCUCUUGAAGCGGAAUCGAAGGCUGUUGAAAUUGGUAUGCAGUUCGCAAAGCAGCUGGGUUUAUCAGACAUCAUCAUGGAGGGUGAUUCGUUAAUGGUUUCUAGAGCGUUGAAUUAG